GAGGUGGUGAGGGCGCCGAGCUGCGGGGACUCGUAACCAGGGCGACGGGGGCGGGGCGCUGGUCCUACGCCGCCGGGUGCUCACCUGGAUUGCGCGUCCACUUGGCGAGUUCAGCGUCAGGUCCCAGAGGGUCCCCAGCAAAAACUCCUGUAUAUCCUGGCUCUUCCCUGACCACUUCGGAGCAGGUCCUCAGACCCAUGUGAGAGGCUGCCUCCCAGGCUAUAGUCCUCAGUUGAAGAUGGAAGAACCACAAGAGAUUUUCUCCAUGAAUGAUGGCCACGCAGGUGAUAGAGUCGUGGAAAAAUACCUGGUGGAUUCCAAGAAGUCUGCAUCCCACGUUCAGCUCGCCUGCAGUGGGCAGUCCUGUGCUUUCCCCUUAGAUGGAAACGAGCUUUGUGUACGGGACACCAAGCAACCUCCUCACCAGCUGCUAAUCCUAAGAGGACACCAUCAGCCAAUCACCGCUGUGGCAUUUGGAAAUAAAGUGAGUCCGCUUCUCAUCUGUUCUGCAUCACAAGAUUAUGUCAUAAUGUGGAACCUGGAUGAAUGCAGACAGAAAGUCCUUCAAGCGGGUUUGUUCAUAUCUAACUUGACACACUCUGAACUGGAGGCCAUUGUACGUGGCAAGGAUUUCGGGAGCCUCAGCAUUCAAGUUGCUGGAUCGUGUGCCGUGAUGAGCAAAAGCAGUGGCCGUGAGGUCACCUGCUUGCUCACAUCCGUGUUCGAAAAUAAGAUCGCCCUGGUGGAGGUCGACCCCGCCGCCCCGGUGAGGUCUCAGCAGCGCCCCGGCCUGGGAAGGGAUCCGUCAGUGCUGCCCAGCUCCUGUGUCUUAUCGACUCCUCCGCUGUAUUUCUGACUUGUUAAGGAAAAAUGUACUAAGCCGGCUACUCAGAAACAAGCUGCUGCUCGGAGCGUCGUAAAGGACCACCCGCUGGUUCUCCACAGUAAAGUCCGGUCAUCGGGCUCCAUGGCUGCCCCGCGAAGUGGCAGCAGCAAGCACUUACUGAGUGCUUACUGUGUACGCGGCCUCAGGUCAGCCUGUGGUGCUGGACUGAUGAUGACGGUGCCUGAUGGGCGGUUGACAUCCAGCUUGCGGGGAGAUGGACGGCUGCUGGCCUGUGGCUUAGCCAGCCAUUUGUCCCUGGUCUUCAGACGAUCAGGGACACCUGCUGUUUUUUCAGGUCACGACGGAGCAGUGAGCCCUGCCCGCUUCCUGGGACGGACGCUGAAGGUGUGGUCGGUCCGCAGGACAGAGCUGGCACCGCGUCUGGGCAGAGACACAUUUCCUAAGCCUGUACAGUCUGUGCAGUUUUAUUACAUAGACGCGUUUAUUUUGUCGUCCUCGGUUGAGUUUCAGCUGCUUGAGCAUCACAUCGACACCAGCAAAGGCGCCAUGCAGCAGCAGAUUACUAGCUUAUCAGCAGCGAAUGAUUUUUAUUCCUGCCUCGUGGUCGCUGCUGGGUGGAGCAGGACCCUGGAGUUUCGACCUCAGUGCGGCUGCAGUGCCGCCAUCACAGCGGGAGCCCAUUCUCGUCCCGUCCACCAAAUUUGUCAAAGUAAAGGAUCGUCAUUUAUGACCCAGCAAUCCCAGGUUUAUAAUCUUUUUGCAACCACAGCCGUUGGUGAUGGGAUAAAACUUUGGGACCUGAGAACCCUGAGGUGUGAGAGCCGUUUUGAAGGACAUCCAAAGUGCUGCUACCCGUGUGGAAUUGCUUUUAGCGCUUGCGGCCGAUAUGUGGCUUGUGAUGAGGAUAAACAUGUAGGUGCUGCUGUGGCGUACGUGUACAAAACCAGCUCCAGCACUUUCUGCUGCAGACUGGCAGGACACAUGGACCCGGUCAUGGCCGUGGCCUUCAGCCCGGCCACUGCCCAGGUGACUUCCCUGGAUUUGAAUACAUGCGUGUAGUUCUAAGCCGUAAUCCUCCAAGCCCCUUCUUCCUGGUUGUGUGGUCAGCCCUGGCCGCUCCCUGGUGGCAGGUGGUGCCCAGCCCUGCCCAAGGUUGUUCUUGCUGGACUGUGGAGAGAGGAGCCGCCAGCCCCGCACGCCUGCUGGGGCGCUCGACAUUCCAGACCUCAUGAGAAUCAGCUCUGUCCCUGAGAGUCGGCAAAGUGGGCAUUAGCUCCUGCAUCUCGCAGCCAGGAGGGUGACGUGGCGCUCCCGGGACUUAUUCGAGAGCUGAUGCAAAGUGGCUGGCGUGGUGCUGACUUGGU